AACAGGAGUUAGUAAGGGGGAGAAAGUGGACACACACCGCAGGGGCAGCAGUUGCAGUCAUAGGCCUACAGUGAAGAAACGGCUGCUGAUACGCCGAGUCAAAUUAUCUCACACAACACCUAUAGCGCUGGUCUCUCAGUCUGAACUUGAGCAGGCUCAUUAGAGGAAGAGCCGUAGACAAGCAGGCAAACAAGCGUCAGAAAAUCAUAUGAGAGCAGUGAGAAGAGGGGGAGGGUGAAAACAAGAAGCCGGAGUAGUCUGUGAAACAUCGUGGGGACGUGUUUAUGUACAGCUGAGUUUGGUUCUCCUUGCAAAGACAAAUUAACAAGUGGAAACAGUGACACAAAUAAGUGAAGCACACAUUCACAGCAGAGGUGUAGCUGUGUGAGCUCUAUAAAGGCCUGUUUGCCUCCCUGAAAGCAAAACCUGAGGCAUUUGUUUUCUAAUCUCUGUGUGGGACCUGCAUCCGAGAGUCAGCAUGGUGAAUCAAGAGGUGGUGGAUAUUCUUCAGAAGGUGUUGAUCAAACUGCAGAAUCUCCCACAUGCCAGUCCUCUGGAGCUGGGAGCCUUCUUGGUGCUCAUCCUGUUUGUUGCCACGUUUCUCUUGUUGAUUGUGCUGUCCUGCUUCCACUGCUGCUGCUGUGGAAAGUCAAAAUACCAGGCCACCAGAGUACAGCCUGUCUAAGGAUGAGACAGAGAACACACUCCGUCCUUCCUUCCAUCCUUCAUGUAAUCACCCACACACACACCGUUACAUAACCGGAAAUGCGCCUUUUCAGAGUCAUUGAUUUCUUGGAGGAAAUCAUACAAAUAAAAUUCAUCAACUCAAGGAUGGGGACUUACUUGCAUAAUAUUUCCAGUUUUGGGACAAAGACUGGAUGUACAUUCCAGAGAGAGAGAGAGAGAGAGAGAGACAUGCCACUGGAAUCCAUAUAAAUCAGAAGAGUGGCACGACUCAUCAAGAUUCAUUUCAGACCAGUACAAUGCAACACUGUGUGGCAGCCUUGUACAACAACAAAAACCUAACAGUGGAGCAAGUGAUUUAAAAAAAGGAAGAGUAAGAAAGCUGAUUUGUGUUUGAAUGUCACCGUGACUCCGUUAUUAGAAUAAACUGGUUUGGUAUCCUGUUGAUAUUCAUCAAGGAUAUGAAAAACAACAUGGAAUAUGUACAGACAUUUUAACUUGCGUUUGUGUAGAAACUAUCCAGUGUAAAAAGACGUAAGUGCGCCCUCUGCUGGCUCAGUGAAGAGUGUCUCUUUUAUUUUUGCUAAUUGUGCCAAUGGAAAAAAAUAGCUUUUUAUUGUUUGACGUACAACAGUUAAAAAUGUAUUCUUGUUAUAUCGUGACAUAGUGGAUUGUUUUUGUCCUUUUUACCGAGGCAUUGCCAUAUUGCAUUUGUUGAUGUCACUGAAAUGUAAUAAAUGUUCAAUAUAUAUAAAAAUCAAAUAUAA